UCUCUGCACAAGUCGGCGUGGACACAUGUUCGGCGAUUCGGAGAAGAUGCUUUUCCGGUGUUCAACCUACAGCCGAAGAAGCGUCAAGGCAGUGAACGAGACUUCGAGAGCCCGCCAAUGGACCCGCUUGUUCAACCGUGGCUGGCACAGGCUAUGACGGGCCUGCAAGGAGGUGUUCGGUCUGCAUCCUCAGAGCUGGUCGUCUACGUCGCCAAUUUGGUGGCGCAAGGAGUGGUGAGCUCUGCGAAGGUGACUUUUCUGAUCCAGGCCCUACAGAGUGCGGCGGCCAACAAUCCGAACAACUUUGUGGGAGUGGUGCUUUUGCCCAACCGAGCAUGUGACGAGAGUUACUUGAACAGGAAAGAGGAGCAGGACAUCAAGGACGGCAAGGACGUCAAGGCCGAGACCCAGGAGAACGAUGAAGCGGAGGAGGAUGCCGAGAAGGCCAUCGACGUGGAGGCCGUGACAGCUCUUCGAGACUUCAAGUACCAGCUCCAGGUCACGUUGCAGGAGCCGGCAAGACAGCUGUCGGUGAAACCCUUGACGCUCAUCUUCGAGGAGGCAAGCAUUUAUGGGCAGCGGGCCGCCUGCCACGAAGCGUGGCUGGUGACGAGCUCCACUUCGACUGUCAUGAGCCGAAAGAGCUUGUUCAAGCGUCUCAUCGUGGAGAAGAUUCCGAUGUUGCCACGUGCUGUUGUUUGCCUGCAUUUGGUAGCCAUGUGCAAAUGCUGCCUGAGUUCAUAUUUCGUUUCCUUGUCGGGGACUUCUGAGGAACUUGGUUGCAAUCACUCCGUGUUCGGUGAGCAACGGCAGCACCUGGGUGGAACGGGGCUGAUGAAGAAGAUUCUGACGAGCCUCGAGAUCUCCAAAUCCAAGACUGUCGUCGUCGAUUUGUUUGCCCAUGAUGGGUGGCUUCCCUUGGCAUGUCUACAGCUCCACAUGGACAAGUAUUCGAUUACAUGUGGGUCCGUUGCUCACACGGAAAUCGAGUACAAGUUCAGCAAGGAGGUGAUCCUCCAUGACAUCUUCGGCCGGGCCAAGUCGAAGCAACUUACCAUUGCAGGCUUCCCUGAUUUCACCGCAGCACUGGCUGACUUGACCAAGGUUCACACGGAAACCUCCCGGCCUGACUACGAGUACCUGGUGACCGUGCCUGUGGGUGGAGACCUUAUCGUGCUUGCGGCUCUGAUGUCCAAGUUCGAGAACUCGGUCUUUGCGGCUGACUUUGCGACUGCCCUGAAGAAGCACGAUGAGGAGUUCAACAAGAAGCGGAAGAGGGCCAGUGUGGCAGAUGCCCAGUCUGAGACUGAGAACCAUCGAAGGAAGCGCGAGGCAAACACACCCAGGAAGCUCCCAAAGGCUUUCGAAGACGUGACCGCUUUCCGCGACAAACACAAGCAGCUCCUCGAAUCCACGUGCGGUGACGUCAGCUUGUUUUACGACACGGACGAGAACUCGUUGUGGGUCGGGGCGGACAAAAUCUGUGGCAUCCCAGCCAAGGCGGAAUGGCUGGGCUUCGGCUCUGGCAGCUUUCUCGACGGGGCUACGGCUAAGGAUGUGCUAUCCGAUGCCGCUGGCCGAUGGUUUCGAUACUCCUUGGAGGGGCCUCUGGCAGAUGUCUUUGCGGUGAGCUUGAAGGAGUUCAUGGUGGCCAUGGAGGACCAAGGCGAGAUCGUGUCGUUCAUGGGGCACGACAAGGAGAACGAGACCCUGAAGGUGAACGACAAAAUCGUUUUCGUCAUGGAUGAUGUGAAAGGCAGCCCCACGAAGAAACGGCGCAUCUCGAAGGCACGGCUUAGAAUUCCUUUUCCAAUCAUGGAUACGGUCAGCACCGAAACCUCCCCUUCUUUCAACUCGCCUCCCUUUUCUGUGGAAGCAUAUGAGAGUGACUUGCAGUCACUCAGUGCUGCUGCCAAAGAGGGGGAGGCACAAGCCAAACCGUCUGGACUUCGGAAACUCGAGCGGUUCGAAGUGAACAGCGACGGUGACGAGCCGGAGGAGACCGGCUCAUGGGACCUAGAAAUGGAGGAGGAGGAGGAAGAGGAAGAAGAAGGGGGUUCAAAGAAAAAGCCUGCCAAAAAGCAGCAUCCCAAAAAGGGAGCAAAGAAAACUCAGAAGAAGAAGAAGCAAAGCGAGAGUGACGAGCCUGACAAGAAAGACAAGAAACGAAAGAAGGAUGAUGAUGACGAUGACAUUGACUCUGACGAGGAGGUGCCCACGAUGUUGUGCUCAUGA